AUAAAAUCAGUCACGUAGGACAUGUUCAAAUGAUCAGUAGUUCAUUCGUGCCGGAACAGUUUCUUUUAUUAAUACUCUUCAGUCUCUCGUUGCCGAGAUUUAAAUAAAACAGUUUUCUUAUAAUAACGAAUUUUAAUAAAUCCAUUUUACGCCAACAAAUUCGGUUCAAGCGAAUUGAAUAGUUUUUUUCAAAAAAAAAACAAGUGAAUCAAUUUUCACCUCGAACGAUAAAGUAAACUUUCUUUCUUUGCGGCGAAAUCGUGUAAAUCUAGCCACAAUCUAGAAAAAACAACAACAAUCAUUUUCGCUGAGAUUUCGAUAGUUUUAACAUCCGAUUUGCCAUUCAAAUCGCCCUGGAAAUCAUUUGUGCAAAUUAAUAAAAAAAAAAAAAACAUUUUUAAAGCAACGACUUUGCGUCAAACUUUCGACGAAAAUUGAUAUUUGAAAAAGAAGACACUUCGGUUUUUAUUUUUUUAAAAGCGAUUAAAUAAAUCAAAUUGAUUUCAAAUUUACUUCUUCCGAGAUUACAAAUACCAAUGAUUUGAAUACUCAGCGCGCGCGUGUGUUUGUUGAAAUAAGUUUAUUUAGCGAGAAAAAAGUGUGUCAUUUCUACCGGAAAACAACAAACUUAUCGACAAAAAAUACAUCGGUCACUAUUUGAUUUGUUCGUUCACUUAUCACUUUGUUUCCCGGAUUACACAUACAAGAUGUUCUCGAAGCUGACCAAAGUCACGUCGGCCCUACCAUCAUUUUCCAUGAUGCGUGUCAAUCAUAAUAUUUGCCAUACCAAAUGGAUCUCGACCAGUUCUGGUAACAAUCGCAGCGAUGUACUCACACAAAAUCAACAACAAACAAACGAUAAACUUAAAUUGGAGCAACAAGAACGAUGGCGCAUAAGACGCACUGAAAGAUUUUUAUCUACAUUGAAUUACACGAUGCCAUUGGCUGCAAAUGCGACCGCUGUAUCAAAAGACGAGUGUCGUGAAUUUAUGUCCGUCUUUCCAGAUCUGGUACGUGAUUUGACAGAAAAGGCAAAGAAAUAUGAUUCAAAAGAUGCAUCAAAAUGGUUGGCCAAAGCACUCCAAUACAAUGUUCCCUGUGGUAAAAAGAACCGUGGAUUGGCAACUGUUCUUGCCUAUAAAUCAUUGGUUGCAAAUGAAUCACAAUUGACACCAGAAAAUGUUCGUCUCGCUCAUUAUCUUGGUUGGUGCGUUGAGAUGUUGCAAUCAACAUUUUUAAUCGUAGAUGAUAUUAUGGAUGCGAGUGAAACACGUCGCGGUCAACCAUGCUACUAUAAAUUGGAAGAUGUUAAAUUAACAGCAAUCAAUGAUGCUAUUAUGAUUGAGAAUUGCAUCUAUUAUAUAUUGAAGAAAUAUUUUAGUCAUUUGCCAUCGUAUAUAAAAUUGGUUGAACUACUCCAUGAAACAAUGCUCAUUACAACGAUCGGACAAUCGCUUGAUUUACAAACGGCCAAUCGUGAUGUUAGCUGCUUUACAAUGGACCGAUAUAAAUCGAUUGUCGAUCAUAAGACCGCCUAUUACACAUUCUACUUACCAGUGGCAUUGGCAAUGCAUUUGGCUGGAUAUGAAGAUCCAGAAGUGUUUCGACAAGCAAAAACGAUCCUUUUGGAAAUGGGUCAUUUUUUCCAAGUGCAAGACGAUUUUCUUGACUGCUUCGGCAAUCCAGAGGUGACCGGUAAAAUUGGUACCGAUAUUCAAGACAACAAAUGUACGUGGUUGGCUGUGCUAUGCAUGCAACGUGCCACCGAUGCACAAAAACAAAUUAUGAAAGAUUGCUACGGCAAACAUGAUGCGGAAUGUAUAAAUCAAAUUAAGCAAUUGUACGAAGACUUGGGCAUUCCGCAUACAUACAGUUUAUAUGAAGAAGAAUCAUACAACUUAAUUAAGACGCACAUUCAGCAGACAUCUCGUGGUGUGCCACAUAGCAUUUUCUUUAAAAUUAUGGAUAAAAUUUAUCGCCGUGAGAGUUAGAUUUGUAUGGAAAGCGUGUCAGACUAGCCGAACUGUAUCGACAUCAAGUAAACGAUCAACCGAUCGAAAUAUAAAAUUAUUCAAAUUCAUUAAUUAUUAGAAAUAUGUACGAACUAUUUACCAUUUUCGAUGCAAAAUCGGUAGAUGAAAACAAACAACAACAAAAAAUACGGACAUUUCGAAGCAAAAAAAAAUUAAAACAGAAGAAAAAGUCAUAGAUUUA